AUGUGCUUACCGAUGCUUAAGACACUUGUUCUUGACUCAGUUAGGUUUGGUAGGGGUCCGUUUCAGACACUUCUUCCUGAUUUUCCUGCCCUUGAGGAACUAAUGUUGCUUAAUAUAUGGUGGAGAGAUAGGAAUGUGGUCUUGUCAAGUUCAACCCUUAAGAAGCUAAAGAUUACUUCCAAAGGCGGCUGUUUAGGCACUUUUUCAAUUGAUACACAUACACCGAAUCCUGUCUUCUUCGACUACGCUGAUUCUGUUGCGGAUGAUUAUCCAUUAGUUAACUUGACAAACUUAGUGGAGGCUGGGAUCAACCUUGCAUUAACUGAAGAUCGAACCCGUCGAGCAAGAGCUAAUGUGGUGAAGCUUAUUAAUGGCAUACAAAAUGUGAAUAUACUUCACGUAUCUCCUGUUUCCUUCAAGGUCAGGUUUCUGUUUCAGUUUCUUUUGUAA